CCCUCAAAAAGAAUGGCUAAAGGAAAUUAUUCACUAGUGACUGAAUUCAUCCUCAAAGGGCUGACAGAUCGACCAGAGGUCCAGCUGCCACUCCUCCUCCUAUUCCUCAGUAUCUAUGUAAUGACUGUGGUUGGAAACCUGGGCAUGAUCAUACUGAUUAGACUCAGUUCUCAUCUUCACACCCCCAUGUACUACUUCCUCUGUAGUUUGUCCUUCAUUGACCUCUGUCAUUCAAUAAUCAUCAUUCCCAAAAUGCUAAUGAACUUUUUAUUAAAAAAGAAUACCAUCUACUAUCCUGAGUGUUUGACUCAGUUCUAUUUUUUUGCCUUUUUUGCAAUUUCAGAAUGUCAUAUGUUGGCAGUGAUGGCAUAUGAUCAGUAUGUUGCUAUGUGUUAUCCCCUUGUUUACAGUCUUAUGAUGUCCUAUCAGGUGUGUUUAUGGUUUGUGGGAGGAGUAUAUGCAUUGGGCCUAGCUGGAGCCACAGCUAACACAGGUUGCUUGUUUAGUGUGCUCUUCUGUAAGAAAAAUGCCAUUGAGCAUUACUUCUGUGAUCUCCUUCCACUCUUGAAGCUCUCUUGUUCUAGCACUUAUGUCAGUGAAGUGGUGGCUCUAGCAUUCAGUGCAAUUAAUAUCCUUUUCCCAACCCUGAUCAUUAUUUGUUCCUAUGUUUUUAUCAUUGCCAGCAUUUUAAAAAUUCAAUCCUCUGAAGGGAGAUCCAAAGCCUUCAGCACCUGCAGCUCCCAUAUUGCCGCAGUUGGUAUUUUCUUUGGCUCUCUUGCAUUCAUGUACCUGCAGCCAUCUUCAGUCAGUUCCAUGGACCAGGUGAAAGUGUCUUCUGUCUUUUACAGUAUCAUUGUACCCUUGCUAAAUCCCCUCAUCUACAGUCUGAGAAAUAAGGAUGUCAAAAUUGCCUUAAAGAAAGUAAUAGAAAGAACAUUCUAG